CAUCGCAUCGCUUAAAACACUUCGAGAACCAUACGGUUGCAGAUUUCCAGAUUUUUGUUCUGCAAGGCGAAAAAGCAUUGUCUUUUUGGGCUUUUUUAGGCAGAACGUUAAUUUGCCAGCAGAUGUUGAUUGUUUCGAACUGACGCGUUGCUGACGGUAGGAAAUUUUCUGCGGCGCCGAAGUUGACGAACGAAGAUAUUUCGAUGGAUAGUGUUCCUAUAUCCAGCGCUGUUACAGUUCGUGGCGUCCACAUUUAAGGUUGAAGUCAUGGUGCAUCCAGUAUGGCUCCCACAGGAUGUUCUCAUACCGUGGAAUCGCCAUACUGUAGAACAUUUACUCGGGAAUGGAGCGUGUGGCGUGGUGGUGGCUAUCAGUGAUUACCAGGAUAAGAACGGAAGGCAGCGUUCGUGCGCGCUGAAACAAUGCAAGCCAAUUUACACAAAUCAGAGAAGAGCGUCCAGAAUACUGAAAAUGUUGGAACGGAUGCAGCUGCUGGCGUCCGAACACCGAUCCAUCAUGCAAAUAUACGAAUAUGACUGGAAGAUGGCCAAUGAUCUUCUGCACAUUUCUAUGUACACGGAAUAUUGCGAUGGAGGAAACUUACAGCGAAUUGCAAAAAGCGGCACCAUGCAUAAAAGUCGCCUGUACUCGUACGCCUUCCAGAUCUUAACUGCCGUGGAAUUCUUGCAUGUCAACGGGAUUAUCCACCGUGACCUUAAAGGAGAAUGUCUUCCUAAGUUGCCAGAAUGGAUGCGAAGUAGUCAAGGUGGGAGACUUUGAUUCAUCCAGAAUGUUUCUUUCCUCGAACAACCCACAAGAAACGGAAGAAGAUGUAUCGGCAUGUGGCACACCACUGUUCAUGGCUCCCGAAGUCAUUCAAGGUGUAGCUGGUGAUUAUUUGAUCAGCACCCCGUCGGACAUUUGGAGCUAUGGCUGCUUGGUUCUACAGCUGGCUAAUAAAGGGCAGAUCACGCUACUAGCCACAGCCGACGAAAAUAAUGCGCUUGCGGAAACUCAUUUGUGGACCCACGAGAACGGUACCGCUAUGGCUGCCUACGCCGUUGCCACGGGGGCUACCCCUAAAUUCCCUCAUCACGCCAUAAUCUCCAAGUCCGAUCCACUGGCUAUCCUGGCGGAGGAGUGUUGGCAUCCAGAUCCGGAACGACGCCCCGCAGCCGAGCAGCUGUUAGACAGCUUCAAAGAGAUAUUUGAUGACGAUGUCACCAAACCGUUCUACUCUGCUGCCUGCAGUGCGGCUGUCGAUGUUCCGCAGGGACUGGAGGUUAUUCCGGUUGAAUCGGCAUUAAGCGGCAUUCGUAAAGGCCAUUGGGGCGGUAUCGAUAUUGCGUUUCCAGAAGACGAUUAUCAGUCUAUGAUCACUUUCGUAGAGGUAUUCAUUGAAUUGGGAAAACAACCGCGCCAUCGCAACAUGUUGUACCCUCAAGCCAUCAUCGGAGAGGGAAAUGGUCUAGCACUCGUCCAAGACGAUGACAAGCAGCGACAUCUACAAAUCACACGCUGCCGAAAUGUGUUAUGGGAGAAACCUCAUGAAAACAGUUGUGUUCCUGUGGCUGCAACUUGGGAGGAUAUCGUACAUUUGAUGACAAAAAUCGAUCGGCUUAAAGAUCAAAGACCGGAACAUAUUAUGUUGUGGUUUGACGCACUCUGCCAGCAGCUGCACAAUCUCUGCGAAUAUUUGCAAAACCUAAAAAUGGACGAAGUAGCUGCAUGCCGGUUGAAUUUGGACUGUUUUUUGCGUUUACCCGAUGCUACCCGAUACCCGAUGCGUUUACCCGAUACAACUUUUGAUUCUACCAGUACCGUUCUGGUCCAAGCACGGAUUAUACCCCACCAGAAUAAUCGAAGAUUUCCUCUGAAUGCGCUGCAUUCCGUGUGCCGCGAGCUUGAGUUCUGGGAGCAAACUAUUUGGGCCAUCGUAACGCUGGAAGACUGGGAAGAAGGCGUGAAGACAACCGCUUAUAUUCCGACAUCUGAAACGUUCAUCGAAAAAUCAUACACGGUUUCUCACAGGAAGCGCACACUUGAAAGUCAGCUCGAACGUUAUCUAGUUGAGCUUGCCGCUCAAUGGUGGUAGACUACUUUGAAGUUUGAAUGCCUAAAAGAUGGGUCGGGGAAUGUUCAGGCACUUUAAACUUGCCGCCCUUUGCCUUAUCCUGUUUUAUUUUAUGUUUUUUAACUUUACCUUGGCUUUUCUGCCGUAAAUACACCGUUCUAAUUUACCGUAUGAGGCACCGGUGCAAAAAGCCUUUAUCGCUUAAGACAAGAAUGCUGAGUUACCGUCAAAACAUCGCGCUUCUGAGCUUCUUUUGCGCGUUUUCUUGCUCGAUCUACAUUCUGGCAUGCAAAUGCUCUGUUGGAAAAUGUCAGUGCGUACGGGCAUGAAUGUGUGAUAAUUUUUGUUCAUUUGUUCUUACUUCUACCUUCGCAAAAGCGGUCGCAUUGGCAUAAACGAC